GGGUGUCGGGGGGAGGGGGGCGGGGGGGGGGGCUUACCGCUGAUAUAAAGCAGACUGAACUCGGCUGCUGUCUCUAAAAACCCUAUCAGACGCUAGCCAGGUGUGUGCUGCAGCGGCCUGCUCUGAGCACUCAUUAAAGGUUCGUCGCCAGGCGUUGUAAAUAAGACUCUACCCACCGCAGAGCAAAAUGACGGCCAUCAGUGCUCCGCAGGACAAGUACAAUGCAGUGUGGAUCAUAUUCUUCAUCAUGGGGCUGGGAACCCUUCUGCCCUGGAACUUCUUCAUAACCGCAACCAUGUACUUUACAGACAGGCUGAAGGAACCGUCCUUAUCCAAUCAGACGGCCAACGCUACUUCCGUGGGGGAUGGAGAUGGCCGCAGCGUACUGGAGGCCAAGUUCAGCAGCACCAUGACGCUGUGUGCCAUGGUUCCUCUGCUCAUCUUCACCUGCCUCAACUCCUUCAUCCACCAGAAGAUUCCCCAGAAGCUGCGCAUUGUGGGGAGCCUGUCAGUGAUUUUUGGGGUGUUCCUGAUCACGGCCGCGCUGGUCAAAGUGGAGAUGGCACCGCUCCCCUUCUUCGUCGUCACCAUGAUGAAGAUCGUCUGUAUCAACUCAUUUGGAGCCAUGCUGCAGGGCAGUCUGUUUGGGCUGGCCGGCCUGCUCCCCGCCUCGUACACCACGCCCAUCAUGAGCGGGCAGGGCCUCGCCGGGACCUUCGCCGCCGCCUCCAUGAUCUGCGCCAUCGCAACUGGUUCAGCGCUAAAAGACAGCGCCUUCGGGUACUUCAUCACCGCCUGUGUCGUCAUCCUCCUGGCCAUCGCGUCUUACCUCGCCCUGCCCAAACUGGAGUUCUUCCAGUACUAUCUGGAGUCUAAUGGCGCCAGGGCUUCCGGCGAUGAGGAGAAGAAGAUGGACCUGUUAAAGAAAGAGAUGCGGCCAGUGGACUCGCUCACGGAAGAAGCGCCCCGUCCGGCCGUAUCCGUGGUCGCCAUCUUCAAACAGAUCUGGGUGAUGGCUCUCUCUGUGUGCUGCAUAUUUGCCAUCACCAUCGGAACCUUCCCCACCGUCACCGUGGACGUCAAGUCCAUCGUGGAGAAAGGGAGCACGUGGGAAAAGUAUUUCAUCCCGGUGUCCUGUUUCUUGAUCUUCAACGUGAUGGACUGGGCCGGGCGGAGUCUCACGGCGGUGUGCAUGUGGCCCGGGAAGGACAGCAUCCUCCUGCCCAUCCUGGUCGUCCUGCGCGUGGUCUUCAUCCCGCUCUUCAUGCUGUGCAACGUGACGCCCCGGAGCUACACGCCCGUGGUGUUCGAGCACGACGCCUGGUACAUCCUCUUCAUGGUCCUCUUCGCCUUCAGCAACGGCUACCUGGCCAGCCUCUGCAUGUGCUUCGGGCCCAAGAAGGUUGCGGGACACGAGUCAGAGACGGCGGGCGCUGUCAUGGCCUUCUUCCUGUCGCUGGGCCUGGCCCUGGGGGCCGCCAUGUCCUUCGUGGUGCGGACCCUGGUGUAGCGCGGGACGCCCUGCCGCGAGCACCGCCGCCCCCGGCGCUAGCCCGCCGCGGGGUUCCACGAGGAGAACUUCGGUUUCGCCCGCAGUCCCGCCUCGUUAGGAAACGGCGCUCCAUGUUCUAGCCUGAACAGAACAGAUUUAUUAUUAUGUUCUUUUUGUAAUGCGCCCUUAACUUCAAAGAUUUUAUUUUAUUUUUACUUUUUAAAUUCAGUGUAAACUUUUUUUUAAAAGUAAACUGUAUAAACAAAUUGUGUAUCGCAGCCCGGCUACGUACGCUACGGGGCGAGCCGUCGGGUCGCCCGGGAGAGCUCCCCAGUGAAGGGGUGGAGUUCUCCCAGCCCAAACAGAAGAACCGCCAUCUCGGGAUCCCGCCCGCACGCGUCAGCCCUGCCGCCGAAGGAAGGAGCGUGUGCGCGGCCCACGCUUCCAGACGCAGGAUCACAGAGCGGCAUCGAGCUCCGGAACCGUCUGUGACGUCAGCCGCCACACGGGCACACGUCCUGCGUGAUCAUGGACACGGUCUCCGUUUUAUUUUUAUUUAUUUAUUUUAUUAUCUUGAUAUGCUCUGUCCCAGUUUUUUUUUUUUUUUUUUUUUCUGUUGCCAUGGCCAUACAUUUCUGAGAGAGCGAGAGAUUAGAUGAUGCACGUAGCAGGAAUUUGAUUUCUGGCUCGUGUUUCCACCCCCAGCGAUGUGCCACCAUCUGUUUUCUGCAUUGUUCUACAAAAAAAAAAAAAAAACUAAA